CUGCCGCCCGGCUCUUCUGUGUGUUAGUUCACCGGCGCUCCGUGCACUUUGAACGGGGGACUCUGCUCCUGCUGACAGACUGAAAACUCUUUAAAGGCAGGGAUUCUCUCCUGUUCGAUUCACACGGACCAGAAGGCUUCAGGAUUUUCUGAUCGACUGGAAGAAAAAGGGACUACUCCUGUGAAGAUGCGUCUCCCGGUGCUUGUGUGUGUGUUGGCGUGUCUGUCUGCAGCACCGGGCCCGGUGACCGGGGCGGAGAGAAGCUGCAGCGACCUGCGGCAGUUCUACACCGGGAAGGGCUUCACUCUAGUGGGGGUGCCCCAGACAGAAAUCUCGGGUGAACAUCUGAGGAUGUGUGUUCAGGGUCCGACCUGUUGCACCAGCGCCAUGGAGGAGAACCUGGCCGGUCUGAGCACCCGAGAGACAGAGGGACUGAUCAGAGAAGCCGGCAGGUCGCUGCAGGCUGCCUUCAACGCUCUCCACAGGAGCUUUGACACUUAUUUCACUGAGCUGCACAGCCGUUCUGAGCGCUCCCUGCAGGAGGCGCUGUCUCCGCUCGGCCCUCUGUACUCCCAGAACACUCGCCUCUACGGAGAUCUGUACGCCGACCUGCGACAGUACUAUCGGGGCUCCGCUCUCAACCUGGACGAGACCCUGUCUGAGUUCUGGUCCCGACUCCUGGAGCGCACCUUUAAAACCUUCGCCACCACAGAUGUCAACCUGUCAGAGGACUACCUUGAAUGUGUUGCUAAGCAACAGGAGACGCUGCGGCCAUUCGGAGACAUCCCACGGGACAUGAAGGCGAAGGUGAUCCGGGCUUUUGUCACAGCCAGGUCGUUUGUCCAGGGGCUGAUAGUCAGCGGAGAGGUGGUCAGGAAGGUCUCACAGGUAUCGCUGAGCCCUGAGUGUAUGAAGGCCCUGAUGAAGCUGGUUUACUGCCCCCACUGUCGUGGCCUGGCCUCCGUCAAGCCCUGCUCCAACUACUGCUCCAACGUCAUGAAGGGCUGCCUGGCCAACCAAGCUGACCUGGACCCCGAGUGGCAAAACCUCAUAGACACCAUGAUCCAGGUGGCCUCUAGUUUCAGCAUGGAGCCCAGUCUUGAUGUGGUACUCUCCUCCAUCCCUGCUCGGAUGUACGAGGCUGUUCGCUUCCUGCAGGAAAACAUGGACACUUUCAUAGCGAAAGUGUACCAGACAUGUGGAACUCCAGGUGAAACAGGAACAGGAAGUCCCACCCCCCAUGAGCAGAGGAAGAAGAGUGGCUCCCUGACCGCAUCAGAGUACAAACCUUCUCCGACCGCUGGACUCAGACUGGAGAUGCAGGUGUCAGAUCUGUCCAGCAAGCUGAGGGAGAUGCGACAGUACUGGGUCCAGCUUCCCGUGGCACUUUGCAGCAAACUGGCAGCAGGGGGCGCCAGUCAGGAUAAAUGCUGGAAUGGCAUUACAAGAGCCAGGUAUCUUCCAGAGAUGAUGGGUGACGGCUUGGCCAGUCAGAUCAACAACCCAGAAGUGGAGCUUGACAUCACGAAACCAGACAUGACCAUCCGGCAGCAGAUCAUGCAACUCAAAAUCAUGAGCAACAGGCUGAAAAAUGCACUGGAUGGCAACGACGUGGACUUCCAGGACGCAAGUGAUGACAUCAGCGGCUCAGGAAGCGGGAUGUGCGUAGGUGGUCAGUGUUCUCGGAGCAGACCGGGAUCGUAUGCCUACACGCCAGGCAACAAACGAGUCAGAGGCGCAGCCACGUCUCAGAGCCGCCUCUGUAGCCUCCUACUCCUGCUCCCACUGGCCGUCCUGCUGCUUCAGCGAUGAUGGACUGCCGCCGCCUCCAAUCAGACUCUGAAGUUGAGGGUAGGGCGGGACCAUAGGAUGGACAAGAAGGGGUGUGGCGGGGGAAAAGAUUGGAACUUAACUUUGCCAAAAAAUGAAAAAGACAUCUUGGGGAAUAAAUGAACAUUUUCUUUGACCAAGAUGAGCAAAAAUUGACAGUGACAAUAUUCUUUAUUUUGUUUCGCUCGGUUCCAAUUUGUCGUAGUUUGGGUGUGAUUCGUUGAUGUGGUGAUUUGUUGAGCUGGUUUCAAUGGAUUCUUAUGAUGCGGAAGAAAAUGGAGACGAGGAAGACGAAGAAGACAAAGAAGAGAAUGAUGAUGGAUGAUGAUGAAGAUAACGAUGGGGUCAUUGAUAAUGAUUUAUUGACGAUCAGGUCCAUUUAGCUCCAGUUUCCAGUCAGCAGGGGGCAGAGCUCAGUGAAAAAAGGUUUAGUGCUCCCAUAUGUGGUGCGUUCAACAAGGCUUUUUUUAAUUUCAUUUCAUUUUCUAACUAGAGUCGAGGUCGUCCACCUCAGCAAACAUUGUGUAAGUUGUAAAUGUUUGUGUACAUUAGCUAAAAGACUGGCACCAUAUUGAGCCAUGAAUGUACAGUAUAAUACUAUAUUGGCAAUGAAUCCCCCAUAAUCUGUGAUGUGGUCGUCCAGACGUCUUGGUGUGUGUUGGCAUAAACAGAUUUCUUUGGAAAAUUGCAGAUGAAUUAUCACAGUCCUGAAAUGUACAAGAUGUCGUGAUUGCAAGAUUUUACCUCACUUUUACUGUAUACCCAACCAUUUCAAAAGAAACAGGAAGUAUCACUUUUUUAAGAACUCGUCACCUUUGUGAAGCAGUCUCAUCAAAGCACAGGAGAGCGGUUGUAGUGACGACAGAAAACUGCACGUUACUCCGACACUCGCGGUUGCUGUACCACAAAAAUCUCCCCAGAGAACAUUUCAUGACGCAGUGAUGCUAGAGAGGACUCCUUGUUGAGGUCUUAGAAGCAACAAAGUGGCUGACAUACAGUGUGUCAAACCAAAGCACUUAUGACACUGCACACUUUUUUUUACAUUUUUUGACAGCAGACAUUUCCCUGAGUGCGUUGAACACUAGCAACGACAUUUUCACCAGGUUUGUAACCGCACAAAGUUAAAAGAAAACAAAGGUUUGCAGUCCAGCUUUUGUACAUACAGUACAGUACUGACAACAUGUAUACAUUAGCCUGGUGAUGUGUCAUUUACUUGGCAUGCCUUUCUUUCCGUCUGAACUAUACUGGUACAUGUGGGACUCCUGAUUUAAGCAAGUCUUGCACACACACACACACACACAUUGACACACACUGGGGUUGUGUAUUGAGCUGAUUUUUUUAUUUGUCCGUGUAUUUAAUCACACAUUUCAUUCAUUAAACUGUUUGAUUGUAGCAGUGGAUUUUGCCAUGCACAUUUUGAUUGGAUUAUUAUUGAUAAGGCGCACUCCGCUGAUUUUACACAUUAAAAUUUGGUGCAGACGUUCAAGGUCCCCAGAGGAGGGAUCGUAAUGACUUUGGGGAUCCUCUGAUAUUUCCUAUAUUACCGCAGUGAGUGUGCCAUGUGGUUUUAAAUGAAAUGUCACAUUAUCAGAUGGAUCGACAUUACAAUUCUAAUAGCUUUGAUGA